UUGAAGCUUUUUAUUUGCAAAAACCACGCAGAGGAAAAAUUGUUUUUACUUUUUUAUCGCCUUGUUUUAAGGAGUAUUUUACCUUAAAAUCAAAGUGUUGCUUACUAAUUUGUGAUAAAGCGCAAUUCAAUGGACUUGCUGAGCUUUAGCUCAAUGCUAUAAGAGAAACCCCCAAAUGGAUUUACAAAAGUUGGUACUUGGUGUGGAAGCUCUUCCUGUCACGCUUCAGACUUGUCCGGGAGAUUCUGGGUGCAAUUGAUUCACCCACAAAUUCCGACACCAAGGGACGAACAAAGACCAAACGCUUACGGAAAGAUUAGAGAGGAAUUAAAUAAAAAUUAAUCAAGAUGAAUAUACGUUGUGCAAAACCCGAAGAUCUCAUGAAUAUGCAGCAUUGCAAUUUGCUAUGCCUGCCGGAGAAUUAUCAGAUGAAAUAUUACUUCUAUCACGGACUCACGUGGCCUCAGCUCAGCUAUGUGGCUGAGGAUGACAAGGGGAACAUUGUGGGGUAUGUGUUGGCAAAAAUGGAGGAGCCUGAUCCGGGUGAGGAGAGCAAACACGGACAUAUCACCUCACUAGCCGUCAAGAGGUCCUACCGACGUCUUGGAUUGGCUCAGAAGCUAAUGAAUCAGGCAUCCAAGGCAAUGGUGGAGUGCUUCGAUGCCCAGUACGUGUCCCUGCACGUCCGGAAGAGCAAUAGAGCUGCUCUAAAUCUCUACACAAAUUCCCUGGACUUUAAGAUUCUCGAAGUUGAGCCCAAAUACUAUGCAGACGGUGAAGAUGCCUACUCAAUGCGUCGCGAUCUAUCGGAAUUCUGCAAGCAGCCGUCAGACAAAGCCGCAGCUCCGGAAGCAAAGGCUGACGUCAGUGAAAAUAAUUCAUCUUCUGACCAUCAUCAUCACGACGGACACUGCUGCUGAUGUGGAACAAAACACAUUUAAUUGGGCACAAAGAACGCUCAUUAAUUUAUAGGAAUUUUAUCUUUUCAAUUGUUCGCGGGAGGGUAAUAAAAUCAAUGGGAUGUGACACCUUCACCACCAAA